AAAGCGAACAGGAUGAUAAAGAAGUGUCCAGAAAGCAGGGCAUAAAAUUUUAUUCAUUUUCGUGGCUGCUGACAAAAAUGUCUGAAUUGUGAAUGAAAAGCAAAUUCCAGAGUUCGUUUAUACAGUGCUGCAAUAAAAGAAAAUCCAACGAAAACGCAGGAAAAUCUGUAUUUAAGCGUCUGGAAAAAAUAAUUUUGUUUUGUGUUAUUCAUUUUUUGUUAAUAUUUGCAAAAUACUACCCCUAAUAAAAAUGAGCAGUUCCGAAGAAGUCUCUUGGGUAACAUGGUUUUGUGGACUGCGCGGCAAUGAAUUCUUCUGUGAGGUAGAUGAGGAUUAUAUACAGGACAAAUUCAAUUUGACUGGAUUAAAUGAGCAAGUACCAAACUAUAGAAAUGCUCUUGAUAUGAUCCUCGAUCUCGAGCCGGAAGAUGAUCUGGAAGAGAACCCAUUGCAAUCGGAUAUGACAGAGCAGGCGGCUGAAAUGUUGUAUGGCUUGAUACAUGCUCGAUACAUUUUAACAAAUCGCGGAAUUGCGCAAAUGAUCGAAAAAUACCAAACAGGUGAUUUUGGACAUUGCCCACGUGUUUAUUGUGAAAGCCAGCCCAUGUUACCUUUAGGUUUGUCAGAUAUACCUGGUGAGGCUAUGGUAAAAACCUAUUGUCCCAAAUGUAUUGAUGUAUAUACGCCAAAAUCGUCACGUCAUCAUCACACGGAUGGUGCUUAUUUUGGUACAGGAUUUCCACAUAUGCUCUUCAUGGUACAUCCUGAAUAUCGUCCUAAGCGGCCGACUAACCAAUUUGUUCCAAGACUUUAUGGCUUCAAAAUUCAUAGCUUAGCUUAUCAAAUUCAACUGCAGGCAGCAGCUAACUUUAAAAUGCCACUACGAGCGUUCAUAGGAGACACCCACUUUCACUUGGAUCCCACCGAAAGUAACAAUAGACUUGUGUGUUUUCAUGUUGUAAUGGGCACAAUAAUUCCUUCGAAGAAUACACCUAAGCUCGCGUACAUAUGUAUGUAUAUGUGUAUGUAUACAUUUGUUUAUACGGCGAGUUAUGUCUUGAUGUGCUAUGCUAGGAGCUCUCGGCUAUAUAUGCACAUCUCAAUGUUGUCUGCUCCCCCAUGAUUAUAUUGCUCUCUGUCAGGAAAUUCUAAGCCGCCCAGAUCCCGAAGCUGAAGGGGAGUAAUGGCUUUACUCCGCAGUAUUCCCUCAACAGGCUCCAAUGUUUUGCAAGUACACAUUGUAUAAAUUUUGUAUACAUAUGUGUUAUAUUCAUACAUAUGUACACAUACAUACAUACGUGUUACUUUGGGACGACAGAAUAUCCCGUUCGAUGCGUAACAUUUAAA